AUGUAUAAUGCCGUUGCUGAAAAUGUGCUAGCUACAGCGGGAACAGUAUGUUGGUGUAUUCAAUUAAUUCCCCAGAUUAUCAGGAAUUAUAAGGUUAAAGACUGUACGGGAUUUCCACCUAUGAUGAUGUUCUUAUGGGCAGCUAGUGGGAUCCCCUUCUCGAUAUAUUUUUUAGCUACUGACGGUUCGAUACCCUUGAGGAUCCAACCACAAUUAUUCACAUUUUUCUGUUUAAUUUCAUGGGCACAAGCUCUCUACUACCCUCCAGUACAAUUACCUAAGAAAAAAUUGAUUCCCAGAGUAGCAUCAUUUGUGCUAAUAUCAGUAGGUCUCGAAGUUGGUUUAAUUUUGUGGCUCAGGCCAUUAUAUAGAAGAGGGAUCGAAUACCCAAUGCUAAUCGUAGGAAUCAUUGCAUCAAUCCUUUUAGCAGUUGGGUUAGUUCCACCAUACUUUGAAUUAUGGAAAAGAAAGGGAAGAGUAGUAGGUAUCAAUUUUGUCUUCUUGUUUGUGGAUUCUCUCGGUGCCUUGUUGUCAAUGUGUAGUAUAUUGGUUGGUACAUUUGACGUUUUAAGUAUGGUACUUUAUGCUAUCGUUUUAGCUUUAGAGUUAGGUAUAUUUGGAAGUCAAAUAGUAUGGUAUAUAACAGGGGGAAGAAAAAUCAUCAAACAAGAGAAAUUAGAGGCCAGAAGGUUGAAAGAAGCAGAAGCAGAAAAAGCAUCGAAUUUUUCCCAAGAAAAUGAAUCUUCAGAUAGUACACAAAGUGCUAUAUUUGUAGAUCAAAAUAAUGUAAUCAAUAGCGAGGAUAAUGAGAUUAAUGAGAAAGGUAAGUAG